AUGACAAGUGGAACUCAAAACACGAACGGUGCCUCUAACGGUACAAAUGGCGCCGCCAAUGGACACGGGCCUCUGAGUACCAUGCCCGGCCCCAACCACGAUUACAAGGUGACCCUACAAGACAAGGUCAUUGCCAUAACUGGUGCCAAUCAGGGCAUUGGCCUUGGUAUCGCCGAGGUCUGCCUCGUAAACGACGCUGCCUUCGUUUACAGCCUCGACGUCACUGAACCCUCAGAGCCCUUUGAGGCUCUACUCAAACGCUUCCCGGGAAGACUGGGUUUUCAAAAGUGUGAUGUGACCCUCGAAGAGAGUGUGACUUCUGCGAUAGAUGCCAUUAUCGCUGAUAAGGGCCGCUUCGAUGGAAUGGUUGCUAACGCUGGCGCCACGAAGCAUCAACCUGCCUUAGAUUUUACAGCUGAGCAGGUUGAGAAGCUAUUCCGAUUGAACGUCUUUGGGGCUUGGAAUUGUGCAACGGCUGCUGCGCGGGCAUUCAUCAAGCUUGGCUGCAAGGGCAGCAUUGUGUUUACAGCUAGUAUGACUUCGUACCGCCCCAACAGAGCUGCUCCCUCAGCUCCUUAUGGUGCAACCAAAGGCGCAGUGCGGAACAUGACGCAUACACUCGCGAUGGAAUGGUCGCAGUACGGCAUUCGAGUGAACAGCAUUUCACCCGGCUUCGUCAAGACUGCUCUGACAUACUAUGUUGAGACAGCGCCGGACUGGGAUACUAAGAUGAAGUACUACGGCGGUAUGCCUCGACUAGCGCUACCGCAGGAACUUGGAGGUGCAUAUGUGUAUCUGCUGAGUGAGACAGCGACCUACACAACGGGAAUUGAUAUCCCGAUUGCGGGCAUUGUUGGCGCUUGGUGA